AUGAUUUCAGACGUAAAAUUCCAAAGAAACAGCGAGACCCCAAAUCGCGCAGAAAAAUCAAGGUCAAUGAUAAACUUAGACUAUAAACCUGCAAUUUUAAGCCAAUUUAAAGAAAAAAUCCAAAACACUUCUAGAGGGAAUUUUUCAGAAAUCCCAGUUAUCGAAUUUUCACAAAAAGAAAAUUUGAAAGAUUUUCAAAAUAAAUCUAGCAUCAGUUUUCAUGACCAUAAUAAAUCAGACCUCUGUAUAGAUGAGCUGAAGAAGCAAAAAAUAGAAAAAUCGUAUCGGAAUACCAGUUUAAGCCAGAUGAAUUCACAUCAUCCUAGGAUUAUUCCCAUGCAGGAUAGAGACUUGAAUUUUAAAAUAUUGAAAUAUGAAGAAGAUAAAAGAGAACUAAACAAAGCUCAAGAAAAACUAAAAAAAGACCAAUCAGUUGUAGAAAAACAGCUUAAUAUCAUUGAUAGAAAAUUGACAGAAAUGCAAAAUCUCAAGGAGAAACUUGAUAUGUCUAUAGCUAAAAAAAACGAAAAUAUAAGGGCAAAAGAAGAUGAAAUAUUUAGAAAAGAAAAAGAGCUCGCAAAGGAAAGACUUCUUUUUGAAGAAGAAAAACAACAAUGGGAAACUCAUAUAGCUGCAAAGCUGAAAGAUAUCAUAAAUCGAGAAAAAGCUUUAGAAAGUGACCAAAAUGACCUUGAUAAAGAGCUUGAAAGAUCUAAACAAAUAGGAGAAAAAUUACAGAAAAUUCAAUUGGACAUAAAAGAAAAAACAAGCCUACUUGAUCAAAGAGAAAAAAAAUUUUUGGAAAAUGAGGAUUGUUACUGGAAAAAUAAUGAAAAAUUCCAAAUGAUGAUUGAAGAUAUAAAUGGAUGUGAAGACAGAAUAGUUGAAUAUGAAGGGAAAUUAUUAAUAAAAGAAAAUGCUUUAAUAGAGCUAGAAGAAGAAAUUGAAGAAAAAAGGCUUGAUAUCGAAAAAACGUCUGAAAUGUUUGAAGAUAUUGAUAGACAUCUUAAAGAGGUUAGUCUUGGAAUUGAGUAUGAAAAAAACCAAUUAAAAAUCCAGUGGGAAGAAUUAAAAACAGAAAAAUCUUUAUUGAAAGAUAAAGCUAUCAGAAUUAAGCUGAUUAGAUUAGAUUAAAAUUUGAAUUGAUUUUUGGAGCUUAUUUCACCACACUUCUCCUUCGCUCCUCACCCUAGGUAUCGGGCUGCACUUACGCCCUUUUCUAUCGAUAUCACCAAAAAAAUGGUGACUUAGCCAUCUCUUGGGGAAACGAGCCCAGUUGCUUCCUUAGAAAACUCCUAGCGGUCGGGCACAAUCUAUUCGGAGAUGAAGAUAGGACACAACCCCGAAUCCUCCUUCUUGUCCCCAUUACCCUUGGCGUCUAGAAGUGUAGAGUUGCCACAUGGACUUGGUUUCCUUGCCUGUGAUGCGUGCUAAAACACCCUGUCGUGAUAUCUCGGCUAAGGAGAAAAAAACCCCAGGACACAAGUUCCAGUCCCCGGCAUCUUAAACCAAAAACCCAACGGUAUUGGAGAAGGACUGGCCGGAUAAGCUGCCAUUUUAAUCGUGUGAAUUAAGCUGAAGAAUGAAAAAUUGAAAUAUAAAGCUCAAAAUAUUUCAUACCAAGAAGAAAUGCUUGCAGGGAGAAAAAAAACACUCGAAAAAGUCAUAAUGAUAAGAGAAGCUUCAUUCAAUGAAAACAGCGAAAUAAAACCCAAAAAAGCAGUAUUAAAUGAUUCCAAACAAGAAAACUACGAUAAAAACCAAACCAUUAUGAACGGGAGCUACGCAACCCCUCAAGAUGUAUUAACCCCUAGAAGCCAAUCAAGCAAUGAAAGUUUUAACUACGAAUUUUAA